AAUUCCAGUGUAGCCGCCAUUUUCAUAAAGUGUGUGUUCCUGUGCGUUAGGAGAUGAACGUAUGAACACAAAAUGGACACAUCUACCUGGUUGGCACUGAUGGCCACAUUUUACGUCUUGCAUGAUCAAGGCAUAACUAAGAUUAUGUGGAACAGAGCCUAUGACUAUUUGAUGUCAGACGAUGAGCACCCUACCACGAGUGAAAUAGCCGGACACAUUUCCGAUGUGAAUAAAGAAAGCGCAUCGAACAUAUGUGAUUCGACGGGAGACCCGGCGACAUAUGUACAAACACAGACGGCUUUUGACAGAAAUCCUGAACUCUUGGCUGAAAUCCAAAGAAGUUGGCAAGAAUUACUCGAUGAGAAUGGAGCAGACCAAAGUAAUACAAAUGGUCAAACCGAAAAGCUUAGUGCUAGAGAUAUUACAGAAGCAAAAAAAACAGGAAACCUUGACAGAUGGGCAGAGGUUGAAAACCGCCUUGGAGAUAUUAGAAAAGGAUCAACCAACGUCCAAGCUAGUGUUGGCAUUCAAGGCGGAAAUAAUAAAGGAGGAGUGACGAAAGAGCCACAAGUUGCCAAACCAGAAGACUUAUCAAAUGCUGGAACCAGUAAAGCUAAUCAGGCUGGCAAGAAUAGUCCAAACACUCCUAGUGUCAAAACAGUCGAGUCAUCAAAUGCAAGAAAUACUGGAACUAGUAAAGCUAAUCAGUCUGACAAGAAUAGUCCAAACACUCCUAGUGUCAAUCCAGUCGAGUCAUCAAAUGCAAGAAAUGCUGCGGGGGCAACAAAUACUGGAACCAGUAAAGCUAAGCAGGUCGACAAGAAUAGUGCAAACACUCCUAGUGCAAAAACUCGUGAAGCAUUUGUUUUUGGCGACGACAAGUGCAUCAUUUGUCCGUGGGCUGAAUGCAAUCUUGGUGAUUGGAUUAGUGGUUGUGAACGCAGCAUUGAAGAGGACCUCGACACCCUGACAUCCAAAAUUGCCGAACUGAAGGGCGAACGGACGAAGCUUGUCCCAAUACUGGCUUUUCACACGGAGAACGAAAGAAAAAAACUCACUAAAGACUACGAAAAUAAAGAGAAAAUCAAACUGUGGGAGAAGGUAGAAGAAAUGUUCGUUGGGCCAGGUGAAAGGUUCAAGAAAACUAUGGUGGACCUGGCAAAACCCUUAGACGAGGUUUACGCAGAUCAGUUGCAUUAUAUACUGACUAAAUUGCUCGAACCAAGGUUGACAAAUCAUCCCAAAAUGAGCUUUGGAAAAACUUUCCCACAAAAGGUGGCGGCGCGGAAAGAUUUGAUACAAAUAAUCAUAACUCUUACACCUUGUCUUAUGCAAAAAGUCAGAAAUCUUUAUAAGGAAAAGUAUCGCGUAGAACUUGAAGAUCACAUAGACAGAACGUUGUCAACACAUCAAACUAAAGAAAAAAGAGCAAUGGGCAGAGAUUAUAUCGAUUACAUUAAGAAGCUUGUCACACGGACGUCAUAUGUGGAUGGGUAUGACCAAAAAAAAGAAACACGCCUUCUGUUAGACGAGAUUUUCUUUAAACUUUCUCUUCCCGGAAUAAAGAUACUUGUUGAAAAACUAGGAGUUGAUAGAAUUAGGAGCACCUUUAAUAUAUACAGCAUGUAUGACACUGAAUUGCAUGCAACUAUCCUGGACAUAGCAGUUAAACAACAGAAGUUUUUUGCGGAAGAACUACGUACAUUAUUAAAAGAAAAAAAAGUUGACGACGUAAAAUUCAUCAAUUUGAUAAGAGGCCACUUUGGAAUUGAUCUAAAGGAUAUCAUAAAUAAGUACAACGAAGAGAGCUUAAAAAAAAAACCAUUGGAAGAUCCAUUGGAUGUGGCGUUUGGAAAUACCCAGACAACUAAAAAGCAUUACUACAACGCGAUGAUUGCGCUGUUCACUGGUAAUACGAAAACCCUGGGAGUCUAACACGCACAAUGAUUGAUAAAGUGAUUCUUACUGUUAUUUGAGUCUUAAAAAGGAUAAAACCUUCUACUGUAUGCCAAUAACAAUUCUGAAGAAACUCCACCGGCAUUCUAUACUAACGAAGACGUUACAAAAUUAUUCUAUCAAUAGUGUGUGUGUGUGUGUGUGUGUAAUUUUAAAUAUUUUCAUCAACGUUUAAACUCAGAAUUUUUUUUCUUUUGAUGGAUUUAUUUAAUUUCUCGUACUUGCUAUAUUAAUCAUCAUUUGUAUUUGUAACUAAUGGUAAGAACACGAAAUGAGGCAAUUAAAGGUAAACAAUUUUAAA